CUCUCGUCCUUGGAGGUCUGCUGUUGCUGUGUCCAGAUCUAAGAGGGAGCCGAGCGAAACGCUGUGAAAUCACAACCUGCUUAACCGCCUCCCUCUUGCUGCCGCUGGCCCCUGCUCACCGGAAGAUGAAGGGCACAUCUAUCGCUUCUUUCUUGCUGCUUGCACUGGUGGUGACCUGGACCGUGGAAAACCGAGUCGAAGGACAACCCAAAGCACCUGUGAAGUGCAAAAAAUUAUGCACCAAAUUUUCAAGCACAGAAAUACCCCAGAAACGGUUGAAGACCUAUAGGAAGACAGAACCAUCAUGUCCUAAAGCCGCUAUCAUAUUUGUCACUCAGAAGAAUAAAGAGUUCUGUGUAGAUCCAGAGGCGAGCUGGGUGAAGGAAGCAGUCCGACAGCUAAACCAAGCAAGUGCCCCUCUGAAUCCGCCACUUUCAAGCACCGUCAAAUCUGCCGUGGUGCAAGAAGGGGCAGGCGUUUUUCACAGAUUAGUGGGCGAUGCCGUCUCUAAACCAACACCGCCCAGUAUUCCGGCCAGGCCCACUCAUGGGGCUGGCACACCCGUUUCACAAGCAAUACAUGUUCCUGUUGUGAGGAUGGAGGAGUCCAACAUAGCCAUAUUGACUGGGCAAGAGGCCAAGAGGUCUUCUACAAAAUCCUCCUCUGCAUUACAAGCGACUGUUACUCCAUCUACUAUCCACCCUGAGCCGGUUGCCAAUGGCAGCAAAGUUUCCAUAAGAUCUAUUACAACGCCAGCAGCUGACGUACCAGACAGCACUUCCAGCAGAUUUCAUUCAGAUCCCACCCCUGUCAUGAAAAGCUCUGAGAGUUUCGUAGGAUCUAGAAACAAGUCCACAGGAUCUACUAUCAGUCCAACAACUGAUAUACCUGGCACAGCUCCCAGCAGAUUUCAUUCAGAUCCCACCCCUGUCAUGAAAAGCUCUGAGAGUUUCGUAGGAUCUAGAAACAAGUCCACAGGAUCUACUAUCAGUCCAACAACUGAUAUACCUGGCACAGCUCCCAGCAGAUUUCAUUCAGAUCCCACCCCUGUCAUCAAAGGGUUUGAGAGUCCCAUACGACCGACAUAUAAUUCUGUAGGCUCUACUAGAAAUCAAACAGCUGAUGGACUUGCCAGUGCUCCCAGUAGACUUAUUUCAGAUGCUCCAUCCAUUGUAAAUGGCCCUGAGAUUGCUGAGUUAUCACCUACGUUCCUGACAAUACCUUCUCCACUAGAAUCUGUUCCCAGCAAGCCUGUUAUAGGCCUCGCAUCUAUGGGGCAAGUGACUGAGAACUCUACCAUGAAACCCACAGCUGUUCUAAAAGGAAGUGAUACCACCAACGGAUCCACUCCACACCCCACAUCUCCUGGAGGAGAAAGUAGUUCUGUCAGUCCAAACAGUGGUGAUGAAAGAGAUGCUGUCAGUGACUCUAUGGCUGAUGCUCACACAGGUAGCUACUUAUCUCCUUUAGGAGAGAAAGAUCCUUCUCGCGCUUUUCCUGAAUCCAUUUCACCUGCAGAAACGUCAGAGCUUUCCUUCAAAAGCUUCACACUUCAGAACAGAGCAGAGGGGCCUUCAGAUGGUCCCUUGGCGUCCAGCAUUUUGCCUGCAUCCCAAACCCACAUCCUCAAACUUGCUUUGCUGGUGAGCAUUCUGGGUAUUUGCAGUGCUGCUGUAUGGAUGUAUGUAAAGCCCAAAGACUGCCCUGAAGAGUCAGCUAAAGAAAUGGUACACGGCUUGCUCUUUAAUCAGCAGCGCUCUCGAACUAGUGAAUAUGCUAUGGAAGCCGUCUGAAUCCUUCAUGGCAUGGACUUGGGUUUCUACUGCUAGUUAGGUGGACUCUAGGACAUUACUGUAAGCGGGAGCAGGGAGGCUAAACCUGGCACGAAUCAGGUUUAUACUGAACUAUGCCAAAAAACAAUGCAAGGCAAAUGGGCUGAGGUAGAGAGACACUAAGGAAACUUGAGUUACUUGUCUUUUAUCUUGCAUCAUUAUAUGCAAAGGUAACAGCAGUUGUAGAGAACUCAGCCGCUGUUUGCCAGUCGGUGUCAAAGGCAUGGUUCUGAGCUGGUAUUGAAAUAGCUCCAUUCUGGCACGAUCCAGCUAAAAUCCCAACCAAGCUGCUGUCAAGCCGAAUGUUACGCCCCCUCGAUCCUCGCCCCAAACGUUGCUCUUGUCACCUCUCUGCUGCUUCGCUCCCUGCACUUUGGGUCCCCAUGUGGUGCCAUUCUGCUUCGCUUCUGUUUGAGUGAUACCUGAGUUGUCACUCAACUGGUUGCUGGCUGUUCCGGUCUUCAAGGGCCAGCCAUGCCAAUAACUGUUACCGGACCUGACCGCUUUGAGUCCAGUUUUCCAAUGUGGCUGCCUACAGUUAGGCCUCUGGAUCCAGAUGUAGGCAGCUAAACACCCACCUUAGGCAACUAAGAAUCAGCACAUAGUAGGGUGACCAGAUGUCCUGAUUUUAUAGGGACAGUCCCAAUGUUUGGGACUUUAUCUUAUAUAGGGUGCCCAUUACCCCCCACUCCCUGUCCCGAUUUUUCACACUUGCUGUCUGGUCACUCUAGCACUUAGUGACCUAAUUUUCACAGAAUGCUGAGCACCUGCAAGUUGGCACCUGUGAAAAAUUGGCUAAAACAAGAAUUAAGGUAUCUAACUAUGGAUUCAGGGGAUUAACUUUAAGCACCCACAUUGAAAAACUGGACUCAUUGCGAAUCAAAUCUCUCCUCCAGCUGUGGUCCCUGGACCUAACCAGUUCCUAGCACGGAUGUCCCUGGACCUAACCAGUUCCCUUCCCCUUGGUUGUUAGUUUUGUAGCAGGGGCUGGAGGUAACUUGGUACAAGGGAUUCAGAGUGUGAUCAGAUAUGGUUUAUACUUGAGUUUUAUGUGUGAAAUUCAACCCUGUGCAGAGGGCCAGUACCCAGUGACUAAUGCAUUACUUUAGCCCUAUUUCGAAGUACAUAGGCCUUCAUGCACAGGGGGCGAAUUUAGCCCUAUGGGAAGAGGAACCCAUCGGUUGUCAGAAUGAUGUACAAAGGAUAGUCCUUUAAAUACAAAAUCUAGCCUAUUGUUUUUAUUGUCCAUAUUUUUAGAAAUGUAAUGCAAAUGCAGAGUGCAGGCUACUGAUCUCCAAACCCGCCCCUUUUUAGUGAACGUAAGCGAGGUCUGGGACUGAUAGAUGCUUUCAGUUCAAAACUGUGUCCUCUAGGUGUUUUAGCAAGGAGGGGCUUAACGCAAUGAUCACGGACUUCAUCACAGAAGUCACUUGUAUAAAUACCUGAUGAGGCUUGUAUUGGUUUUUUUUUCCCUUCAGCAUCCAGUCUUAUGACCUAAGGAGGCUUGAGUCAGCAAUGAGACUAGCUGGAGUUAGAUACUGCAGGAAGGAGGACUGGGGACUGAGCAGCUAUUGUCUUCCCUCUUCCCACUAAGCCAGUACUGGACUAAUGACCCAGGAGGCUGUUAAGGGGCACUUUGAUGUGAGACAUGCAGACCUAAAACUGAGGUCUGGGCCACUGAAAGAUCCCAUGACACUUCUUGUGAGAGAAGGGGCUUUAGUUCCCGUGUCCUGGCCCAAUGCUGUCUCAGAUAGUUAGAUUCUGCCCCCUACAUGCCUCCUGCAGCUGUUUGUAUAGGGCAUUCAUCUGCUGCAAUGGCUAGUCCUCCUUUCUUGAUCGAAACUGUAACGGUGCCUUGCGGUGUGUGGCGAAACAGCUGGCUCCUUCCAUUUCAGGGGUGGGUGCAGUGACCCUUAGGUGUGGUCUGCACCGGGCAGGAGCAAGCCUAAUGCCUCUAGAAGUAGGGUAGUUGUCGAGCAGGUGUUGCUAGCACGUUUGCCCUCCCACACGGUGCUCUAGCCUCUUGGCCAUGCCCCCUUAUCCAGUCCACACUCACCCAGGCAGAGUUGAUUGCCCCUAGCUGUGCUAAGUGUCAUUUUUACGCGCAGGGCUGCAAGCAUCCAUGUUGUGCAGGAUAAGGCAGCUAGGGAGUUCUUGGGACAGCUAACUGGCCAGCGUGUUGGCGGAACUUUUGAAUUACUUUCAGCUAAUAACAGGCUAGUAAUUUUUUUAAACAGUUGCAGUUUCUUAGCAAAUGCAAGCUCACAUUGGGCCCAAUCCGCCACCACUGAAAUCAGAGGGGAAUUUUGCCGUUGACUUUUACUGGUGCAGGCUCGGGCUUAUUAUUUCUUUAAAAAAUCCUGCACAAUGGUCAUCUUGGCAGGGUGCGGGUGGACCUUUGUUCUAUUGGGGUGAUGGAAACAAUGGAUUUCAAUUGCAUUCUCUGUAGUGUUUAAAGUGUUAUUUAAUUUAAAGCACAAGGUGAAAAGGAUUGGCAUGUGCUAAGAUGUAGUCAUGUGCCCGGUAAAUGUAUCCUAUUCUGUUUUGUAUU